AUGGGAGAGAAAGUUGAAGGCAUCACUGCCAUUUACAAAGUAAAUCUUCAUUGCCAUCAAUGUUGGAGAGAAAUCAAAAAACCUCUUUCUAGAACACAAGGAGUUCAAAAUGUUGAAGUUGAUAUGGAGAAAAAUGAAAUAAGGGUGAAAGGUUCAAAUUUGGAUGUGCUAAAAAUAGAGAAACAAAUAGAGAAGUUGAGCAAGAAAAGAGUUGAGUUGAUUUCUCCCAAAGUGAAGCCCAAAGAGAAAGACCCUCCUAAACCCCCUCACAACAAACCCAAACCAACCAUUGUCCAUCGCACAAUAACAGCUAAGGUUCACUUGCACUGCGCCAAAUGCGAGCAAGACUUGAAGAACAAGUUGUUAAAGCAUAAAGGAAUAUAUAGUGUGAAAACAGACAUGAAAGCUCAAACCCUAACAAUGGAAGGAAGCAUUGAAGCAGAGAAGUUCAAAUCCUAUCUAAAGAAGAAGCUGCAGAAACACGCAGACAUUACGGCCGAUACGAAAUUGGCCGAUUCUUUGAAGCCAACGCCACCGCCGCCGGAGAAGAAGAAAGAAAGUAUUACUGAUCAAAAAGAGAAGCCUAAAGAAAAACCUUCAUCUGAAACGACUAGUGACAAGAAGACUAUUGUUGCAGAGAUUCAAACUAAAGACAAUAAUAAUGAAAUUAAUAAUGUUAAUAAUAAAAAUAACGUUCCUUAUUUCAUUCACUAUGUAUAUGCUCCUCAAUUGUUUAGUGAUGAAAAUCCAAAUGCAUGUAAAGUAAUGUAA